GAGAAUGUGCAGAGGAAGUUGACGCAAUUUGUGCCUGAAACGCAAUGAGCGUAGUCAGGCGAAGAUUAGCGCAAUUAAAGCGAAAUUAAGUCUCUCUUGUGCUCUUUGACAGGGCUACGGUGGGGCAUCAUGGGCGAUUCUCUGACUCACUGGAUUCCUUUCUCGCAUGAAAUUCGAAAGUUUGCGGUGAGAUUUAGCCCAAUGAAGGAAGCUUUUAAGCCUCGACUCGGAAACUAAUUUUUGGACUCCGGUUUGGGUGCUAAUCGGGCUGAAGUGUAGCUCUUCGACUUAUUGCUACUCUUCUGGGGCAGUCAGCGCUAUGGCGUCUUUAAUUUACUCGCCGUCGCUCACGAUUUGCCGACCGUCUGUUUCUUUAAAUCUGAAAUCUCCGACUACAAGAAGUUAUGACAGUCAACAUUCACGAACUGGCUCUUUGAUCCCUAGAAGCAAACGGAGUGCCUUGAAUUUAGGAACGAAUUUUGUAGAUUGUGUGGGUUGUUGGACGUUGACGCAGAGAGCAGAUUUGCUCCAUGAAUCUUCGAAAGCUUUGCGUAGAAGACAGCCGGGUACGGCAAGGGCUGGACUUCCAGUUGUCUCGAGCAUUCCAGUUCUAGGUCCAGUGAUAAACGCGGUUCUCAAUCCUAUCGUAUUGAUGAUUAUUUAUCUUGCAGGAGCUUCAAGAUUUUGGUCGGGGUUUAAUAGAACAACCUACACUAACGCAACACCUACCAAAGUGGCAUUAACGGCUUUGUGGCCAGCAUUAUAUGUUGCGUCAAAAGCAUAUCGAGCGAACUUUAAGAAAGCUGUUCUCUAGACAUUGAGGUAGUUUCUCACUGGAUUCCACGAGUAUAGCAUUGCAGCAUUCGCAAUUGUAAAUCAAUUUAUUUCUCUGAAAAUGCAUAUUGCUUAUAAAGAAUCAAAUUCUUCCUG